AUGUCUCCAACCCGAAUACACCGCACCGUGGCACGAGAGUGCCUAUCCGAAUAUAUAGAUGUAGUUGGGACAAACACUGAGGAUGUGGCGAUGCCGCUGCCUCUCCAUGACCCUCUUCUUUCCCGUCCUAUUUUAUUUGUGCGUAUCAGUUCGGGAUUCUGUCAGCAUCCCUGCAGAACAUUUUUCUGUGCUUCGGCUUUAUUUGGAGGCUUUGUUUAUUUUUGUUGUCUGUGUGUGCGCUGCGGUAAGUUGUGGUGCUGCCCCUCUGCUCUUCUCCUCUUCCUUCUGCUUCUUCUCCCGCAGACAAGGCCUGUGCUACCACCACUACUAACAAUACUAGUAACACCGCUGCCGCCCGCACCUCAGGAACAGACACGUUGUCCCCAAGCCAUGCGCCAGCCACGCCACACCGCGUUGCUGCCACUGCUGCUGCCGUGGCUCAUGAUGGUGGUGUGUUGCGCCGGUGCUUGCGUUGCCGCCGAUCGUGCCGUGAAGCACCGCUGUGGGUUUGACGCGAUGAUGAAGAAAUACGGCCGGCUGCCGACUGCGGUGGUGCGUGAGGUGCCGCGCCGGGGACAGGGCGCCGUGCAGGCGUACACCGCCGCCAGCGAGGAUGGGGACGACGGCUGGGCUCCGAUCCGCAUCAAGGUGUCCGCGGAGGACAUGUACAAUCCGUUGAGGCACUGCACUGCGCCGGGGGAUCUGCGCAUUGACCACGACGGCCGCGCAAUAACAUGCGGGGCGGACGACGUGUUGACGGAGGAGAGGAGGAAGAUUAUUCUGAGGCAAACUCUCCCCGCCGCCAUUCAACUGCACGCGGAGCGUCUCUCCGUGAGGCCCGUGACGCGCCCCGUCGUUAUUCCGCGUACCGGACUGGGGAUGUGCAAUAACUUCACCAUCCCACACAAGCACCACACGGUGGGUGUGGUUGGUGCCGACAUGAUUCUCUACGCCAAUAUUUUUCCGACUUCUGGUCCAGCCGCGUGGGCGGCUUUGUGCGUUCGGCUGGAUGAUGGUCGUCCAUUUGCUGCUGCCGUGAACUUUGACCCGAAGCAAAUAUUGGUGCCAAAUGGAGACGUGCGUGUGGCAGCCCACGAGUUGGGGCAUGCUCUUGGGUUUGAUGUUGAUUAUUUUGUGACGUUACAUAUGAUUUCCGAGGUCCCGAACGUGCGCGGGAUGUCCAAGGUGUCGGUGAUUUCAACGCCGAACACGAAGGCGAUGGCGCGUCAGUACCACAACUGCUCCACGCUUGAGGGCAUUGAGCUGGAGGACGAGGGCGGUUCUGACGGUUCACUGUCGCAUUGGAAGAAACGCAACAUGAGGGACGAGAUGAUGACCAGUGAUGUGGGGGUUGGGCUGUACUCGGCACUGACGCUUGCAGCGUUUGAGGACAUGGGUGUUUAUUUGGCAAACUACAGUGCGGCGGAGAUGUUGUGGUGGGGCAACAACUCUGGCUGUGGGCUGCUGGAAAAGAAGUGCUUGACCGACGGCAUCACCGAAUACCCUGAUCUGUUCUGCAACCAGGUUGACAAAAAUGUUAAGUUCUUCUGCACGUACGACCGUCUGUCCCUGGGGCGCUGUGACCUGAAGAGGCACGAGGAAGCCCUGCCACAGGAGUAUCAGUACUUCGCUGAUCCCCGUGUUGGCGGUGAUGACCCCUUCAUGAGCAGAUGUCCGUAUGUUGAGGCGUAUUCUAAUGGUGGUUGCACCAACGGCGACCCUUCAGUAAUGCCUGGCAGUGUCGUUGGCCCGAACUCGCGGUGCGUAAAGGGGCAGGACCUUCAAUUCGACGACAAAUACAUUGGCGAUGUGUGUGCGGAAACUCGAUGCGGCGACGGCACAGUGAGCGUGCGGUUCCUUGAUGACGAUGCGUGGCACGAGUGCCAGGCGGGUGAAACCGUCACGCCGCCAUCGGGUCCCUGGCGUGGGAGCAUUGUGUGCCCCCAAUACGCCGAUGUUUGCACCGCCUUCCCGAACAUCAGCAGCUACCCAAUACCGGUCGUUGACCCACCUCUAGCGGACGACCCGACAUCCGCGGAGGGUGCGGAGGGAGACGGGGGUGGGGUUCCGAGGAAGCGGCCGCGGCGACUCUGA